GGGAACUGUGUGAGGGGUAGGGGAAACUUUGAAAGUUGGAUGCUGCAGACCCGCUCUUUUUCAAGGUUCUUCUUUAUCUUGCUGCAUCUGAAGGCAUGGGUAGCAAGAAACUAAGACGAGUGGGUUUAUCACAAGAGCUGUGUGACCGUCUGAACAGACAUCAGAUUGUUACCUGCCAGGACUUUCUAUGUCUUUCCCCACUGGAGCUUAUGAAGAUGACUGGCCUUAGUUAUCAAGGUGUCCAUGAAAUUUUGUGUGUGGUCAGCAGGGCCUGUGCCCCACGGAUGCAAACGGCUUAUGAGAUAAAGACACAGAGGUCUGAUGCGCCAUCACCAGCAUUUUUAUCUACAACCCUCUCUGCUUUAGAUGAAGCCCUGCGUGGUGGUGUAGCUUGUGGAUCCCUCACAGAGAUUACAGGUCCACCAGGUUGUGGAAAAACUCAGUUUUGUAUAAUGAUGAGCAUUUUGGCUACAUUACCUACCAACAUGGGAGGAUUAGAAGGAGCCGUUGUGUACAUUGACACGGAGUCAGCAUUUAGUGCUGAAAGACUGGUUGAGAUAGCAGAAUCUCGUUUUCCCAGAUAUUUUAACACUGAAGAAAAAUUACUUUUGACAAGCAGUAAAGUUCAUCUUUAUCGGGAACUCAGCUGUGAUGAAGUUCUACAAAGGAUUGAAUCCUUGGAAGAAGAAAUUAUUUCAAAAGGAGUUAAACUUGUGAUUAUCGACUCUGUUGCUUCUGUGGUAAGAAAGGAGUUUGAUACACAACUUCAGGGCAACAUGAGAGAAAGGAACAAGUUCUUGGCAAGAGAAGCAGCCUCUUUGAAGUAUUUGGCUGAGGAAUUUUCAAUCCCAGUUAUCUUGACGAAUCAAAUUACAACCCAUCUGAGUGGAGCCCUAGCUUCUCAGGCAGACCUGGUGUCUCCAGCUGAUGAUUUGUCCCUGUCUGAAGGCGUUUCUGGAUCCAGCUGUCUGACAGCUGCACUAGGAAACACCUGGAGUCACAGUGUGAACACCCGGCUGAUUCUCCAGUACCUUGGUUCAGAGAGAAGACAGAUUCUCAUUGCCAAGUCCCCUCUGGCGACCUUCACCACAUUCGUCUACACCAUCGAGAAGGAAGGCCUGGUGCUUCAAGACCAACAGAGGCCAUAGGGACACUAUGACCUUUGUCUAGAGCUGAUGGGGGCGUGAUUUGUGAAAUGAAACAGGACCGGGCUGCUUGGAAGAAGGAAACGGAAGCCAACAUAAUGGGGAUUAAUUAGUUGAUUGCUGUUGAGAUGGUAACAGAUUUGCACCCCCCCUCCUUACCAUUGAGCCAGCCAUCUCAGACCUAACAGGGAAGGUGAAGAUGAAGAGGCCUUUGUUCGGGUCUCUAGAUGCUUGGGGCUGUAGGCUUUGCCGCCAUGGGAUGGCAACAGCCAUAAUAAUAAUAAUUUGCACUUAUAUAGCACCUUUCAACCAGGCACCUCAAAGCGGUUUAACCACAUUAAUUAAUGAAAGCCCACAAUCCCCCUGCGGAGAGGAAGAGGAUGACUAACAGGAUUUGUAAUUACAGGAGGGAACAUUUCCGAAUAAAGUAUAUUGUCCACUAAACAAAAAGAGUAGGUGUAAAGGAAUUGGGGUC